CUGCCCGCGAGCCGCCGCCGCCGGGCGAUAAAGGUCUCGCGGCGGAGCUCUGACGUCACGGCGAGUUAAUUUUAAACCCGGACAAGAUGGCGGAAAGGGACGCGGCGCGGCGCGCGGGUCCGGCCCGCCAACGGCCCUACCCGGCAGGUAAGCAUUAUGAGGAGGAAGAGGAGGAGGAUGCCCUACCUGACUCAGAUGCCCUGCCAGACUCAGAUGACGAGGUGGAUUUGGAUAAGCCACGCCCCAUACAGAUUGUUCUUGCUCAUGAAGAUGACCAUAACUUUGAAUUAGAUGAAGAAGCAUUGGAAAAAAUCUUGCUUCAGGAACACAUCAAAGAUCUUAACAUAGUAGUUGUGUCUGUAGCAGGAGCUUUCCGCAAAGGAAAAUCUUUUCUGCUGGACUUCAUGCUUAGAUACAUGUAUAACAGGACUUCUGCUUGCUGGAUAGGUGGAAACACUGAGCCAUUGACUGGGUUUACAUGGAGGGGUGGAUGUGAACGGGAAACCACUGGCAUUCAGAUUUGGAGUGAAGUGUUUGUAAUUGAUAAACCCAAUGGGACAAAGGUUGCUGUAUUACUCAUGGAUACCCAAGGUGCCUUUGAUAGCCAAUCCACUAUCAAAGACUGUGCAACGGUUUUUGCUCUGAGCACCAUGACGAGCUCUGUCCAGGUAUAUAACUUGUCCCAGAAUAUUCAGGAAGAUGACCUUCAACAUCUGCAGCUGUUUACAGAAUAUGGAAGACUAGCUAUGGAAGAAAUUUACCAAAAGCCGUUUCAGACACUAAUGUUCUUAAUUAGAGAUUGGAGUUAUCCUUAUGAACAUGCAUAUGGCUUGGAAGGAGGAAAAAAGUUCCUAGAGAAAAGAUUGCAGGUAAAGCAAAACCAACAUGAAGAGCUACAGAAUGUAAGGAAGCACAUUCACUCCUGUUUCAGUAAUCUUGGCUGUUUCCUGUUGCCCCACCCUGGUCUUAAAGUUGCAACAAAUCCAAAUUUUGAUGGGAGGUUGAAUGAUAUAGAUGAGGAUUUUAAGAACGAACUGCGGAAUUUGGUACCAUUACUGCUUGCCCCUGAAAACUUGGUAGAAAAAGAGAUUAGUGGAUCCAAGGUGACCUGUAGAGAUCUUGUAGAAUACUUCAAGGCUUAUAUUAAAAUCUAUCAAGGAGAGGAGCUACCUCAUCCAAAAUCUAUGCUGCAGGCAACAGCAGAGGCGAACAAUCUUGCUGCUGUGGCAGGAGCAAAAGACUUGUACAGUAAAGGCAUGGAGCAGGUUUGUGGGGGAGAUAAGCCUUACAUUGCCCCAUCGGACCUUGAACGGAAGCACCAAGAUUUCAGAGAGUCAGCUGUCAGGCAGUUCCGUUCGGUGAAGAAGAUGGGAGGGGAAGAGUUCUGUCGGCGCUACCAGGAACAGCUUGAAGUGGAAAUCGACGAGAUCUAUGCAAACUUUGUGAAGCACAACGAUGGCAAAAACAUCUUUUAUGCUGCUCGUACCCCUGCCACUCUAUUUGCAGUCAUGUUUGCCAUGUAUAUAACCUCAGGACUGACUGGGUUCCUUGGUAUGAACUCCAUAGCCACCCUGUGUAAUCUUGUGCUGGGGAUGGCUCUUAUAUCGUUUUGUACUUGGGCAUAUGUUAAGUACUCUGGGGAAUUCAGAGAAGUUGGAACAGCCAUUGAUCAGAUAGCUGAAGCUAUAUGGGAACAGAGGAAUCCCAGGAAGGUGUUUUCCAAACUCUUUGAAGUCCUUAGACGCCGAACGAUUCGCCGUGCUCUUACAUCAGUGCCGCGACAGCGACUCUCAUCCAACAAUAACAAGAAGAAAAUCUAGCCAGUAUUUUUAACUUUCUUUCUGUAUCUGAAGUGUUCACACUUACACAUAUAGGACAAUAAGCUGGACCGUCUGGGCCGGUCUGCAUAAAUGCUGUAACCAUACCAGACUGCUGCAUAUAGGGUAUGGAAUUGCACAUCCAUCUUCUAGGAACUGUAAAGUGGUUUGAAUUCAGUGAAAUACUGAUGUAUAGGAGGGAUAUCACUUGUGUCCAUAGCAUGUGACUGAUUUAACCUCAUUACUGUAGCAGCAAAACUCAUUUCUCUUUCAGUUCAUGCCAGUUUGUGUCAGACUUCAGCAUUCUCAGUUUUUUCAUGAUUUCAAGUCUCAUCUCUUUGUAUGUUUUUGUAUUUUAUUUUCCUUGGUUACCUCAUUUUUUUGUUUCUUUUGCACGUUUCUCAUUCCACAGGUGUUGAAGCCCAUGAGUGAUAAUUUGAUGGAGGAUCAUAUGAGGCAGUCUGUAAAAAACUCUAUCAAAGCAGGCCUGACCGAACAGGUGUCUCACCAUGCCAGACUAAAGACAGACUGACAGUUCAUCUCCUCUUCAACUCUGCCCUCUCAUCCUAGACAUGCUUGCUGUACCAUGAGAACUCAAUAAUAAUGAUAAAAAAGAAUAAAAAUAAACCAAAGUUUACAAUCAACUGUAGAAGUAGUUUAGUGUGACUGGCUUCACAGAUUGCUGCCAUCACCUGGAAGUGUAAGUUUGUCAGUGCUCUGCUUCUGAGACAAACCGGUGCCAUGGAGAGCGCUGGGGGCGGGAGGGGGGGAGGG